ACAAAACAGUUUUCAUUAAAGCAGGCAUCCCCUUCUCCCUGUCUGACUACCUUAUUACCAACAAGUGAACUGUUUCCCGUUUAACUGGCCUCCUGUUUUGAUGACAGAAGUUUUCCUCCAGGCACUGAAACGUUUCAUUUAGCGUUAGAACAAAGCUAAUUAGAGCUAAUGUACAGAAAUUGAAUAGAGAACAACUUGCAUUUUUCACUAGGCAAGGCCUGAACGAAUGCUAGACGCCUAACAUGUUCAGUACUAGUUUGGGAUGCAUAUUAAAAACCACUGCUUUGUUCUCACAGGGUCGCUAUUUGUGGCGUUUCCCAGCUGAGAUAAGAGGUCAGAAUCAAGUACUCUGAAGCCUUAGAAACUGGAAAAAGGGGGAUGAACCGUGAGGCUGUUCCUGGGAAGAGUCCGGAGGAGAUGUAUAUUCAGCAGAAAGUGAGAGUCCUGCUAAUGCUUAGGAAGAUGGGAUCAAAUUUAACCACCAGCGAAGAAGAAUUCUUGCGGACAUACGCGGGAGUAGUGAAUAGCCAACUUAGCCAACUUCCUCAGCACUCGAUGGACCAAGGUGCUGAGGAUGGCGUAAUGGCGUUUUCCAGAUCGGAGACCGAAGACAGAAGACAGUAACUUGAGCGGCUCUUUGUGCAAUAUAGAACCGGAACGGGGCAAACGAAGCGCUUGGCGAUCGAGGAAGAUGGCCGGACACCCCCACGUUCCUUUGCCCUCCCGUAAAGUUGGUGUAUUCCCACAAUACCUUCCCCUGCUCUAAAUUCUGUGUCCCUCGUGUCCAGCCUUCUGAAUGCAUUUCACAGCCCUCUGCUCUGUACCCCUGUGUUGGCUCAGCAGCUCUAUCGCUGAUCCAGGACAACUCCAGGAAUGCAUUUACGAUUGGCUCCCCCCCGCCGCUUCCCCCCCCCAAGUGAACUGAUUGGCCGGUUAAAAGGAGAAGACGUGACAGGCCCUCCCCUCCUGUUUAAUUUUGCUUUUUCAUGAAUGGUUGCUGAUGUCCCGCUUGUAAAGCCUUCAGGCUCCAGUGCUUAUGUAGGUCAUGCCUGUGUGUUUUUGGAGAGGGGCUUGGUUGUGCGCAACUGGAAAAGGGCUGGGGUGGCCAUUUGCAAGAUGAGAGGCUUGCAGGUGUUUUGCUGACAUCCAUGUUGGAAACUGAGGGGGGACAGGAAAGGGAGGGGUUUGUGUGUGUUAGCUAUUGCUUCGCAUUUCUUGAGAUGGUGGGAGAGACAGAUCUUUCGCUCUAUUUAUUACAAGCUUGCUUGCCUUUCAGAAGAAGCUGGCAUUAACUGCUGACUUCCAGCAGAUCACAAAAUCUGUCCUACCGCUAACAUUUCCACCCUCUGUGGCCGCUGUCUCUCAGAAAUUGCUGCUAGAAAUCUGCUGGUCUUCCAGAGUCUGUCCAGGCUGGAAGGAAGCGAUCAGAAGCCCAGAGCUGAGGUGAUGGAUCUCUGACAAAAAGCAAGAAGGCACAUUUGUGCCCGUGCGGAGAUUUGCUGACACUCUGCAGGCGUUAAUGGGUUCCGAAAUCUGUGACCCUUGUGUUCAAAUUCAACCUGCUUUUCUGUGGCUAUUGAUCUUAUUCCUGAGCAUAUUUUUUUUGGGGGGGGGGAAUCUUCUCUCGAUAGCUGCAGGUGGCAUAACCAAUUCACAGUAUUAAUUAUAGGCCUUGGCUCACCAGGGUAUUAGGAUCCAACAGCUCCUUCAUCCGCAUAUUUCCUUCCAGGAAGGCAGCUGGGGAGGUUCCGCUGCUAACAUCUUUCAGCAAAGCUCUGCAGGUUGAAACUUACUUGGGGAUGGAGAUCAUUAUGACAAGCAAAGGUUUGAGCUUCCCAGGUGUUCUUCACAGUCUGUAUGUGGGGAAAAGGGUAUCUCCAGACAGCCUAGGAGAAAAUGGGACUUGAUUUGCAGGCUUGCAGGGGUUGAAAAUUAAGCUUCGUUUCUUGGGCGCCGAUGGUGACCCACUUGGGAAAUCAACCAUAAAUGUAAUUCACCCUUUCAGUAAAAUUUCAGUUCCUCUAGAAAGUUAGUUUUUUGUUUUUUUAAUAUGGAUGCAGAAAGUCAGCUCUUGAAAAGAACAGAUUUCUUUCUUUUCCAGGUUACGCUUAAUUUCCACAUUGCAGGGACUCCAGAUUCUCUUCCUUGCAUUACAGGAAAUGGUCUUCACCAGAAGCUCAAACUGAUGCUUGUGUCUAACGCUCCUUUUCAAUAAAUGGUACAGUUUGGACUGUG